GAUGUCAUUUGAAAACUUAACGCACUCCCCCAAGUCAGAGGCGCCGAUUUGUUCAUUUUGUUUCAUGUUCUUCCCUAUGUAGUUUCUCCAAUGCAUCGCGAAUCACUGCACGACCCUGAGGUGUUCCAAUAAUUUAACGAAAGCUGCAGAUUUGCUGUCGAAACGAAUAGGAACUAAGGGAUUUGGAGACUGGACAUAGAACCAAACAGCCCCUUCUCUGUGGGCGAGCGCGUGAACUUUUAUUGGAACUGCAAAAAUGAAUCGGAGUUUUAAUAAAUCACAAUCUUCCCUGCAAUACUUAAAUUGCACCGCGGUUGAAGUGAAAAGCAAGUAUGGCGCGGAGUUCCGGCGGUUCUCUGUGGACCGUUUCAAACCGGGGAAGUUUGAGGAGUUCUAUAAGCUCAUCAUGCACGUCCACCGCAUCGCCAACAUGGAGGUCAUGAUUGGCUACGCCGACGUCCACGGCGACCUGCUGCCAAUUAACAACGACGACAACUUCUGCAAGGCGGUGUCUACAGCCCACCCGCUGCUCCGGGUGUUCAUACAGAGACAAGAGGAGGUUGACUACAGCAGUUAUGGGACCCACUCUCUGACCCGGAAGAAGAAGGCUGUGGUGACGCUGCGGAAUGAUGUCAACAGGAAGCGCCCUCACAUCCGCAUCGGAAUGCCGCAGGACUUCCGGCCCGUCUCCUCCAUCAUCGACGUCGACAUCCUGCCAGAGUCCCACCGCCGCGUGCGCCUCUACCGGCACGGCUCCGACAAACCCCUGGGGUUCUACAUUCGGGACGGUACCAGCGUACGGGUGACGCCCCACGGCCUGGAGAAGGUGCCCGGGAUCUUCAUCUCCCGCAUGGUGCCGGGAGGUCUGGCCGAGAGCACGGGCCUCCUGGCCGUCAACGACGAGGUACUGGAGGUCAACGGCAUCGAGGUAACGGGCAAGACGCUGGACCAGGUGACCGACAUGAUGAUCGCCAACAGCCACAACCUGAUUGUCACGGUGAAGCCGGUGAACCAGCGGAACAACGUGGUGCGGGCCAGCCGGAUCUCGGGCAGCUCCGGUCAGUCGUCGGACAGCAGUGGCUCCAGCGGCUAUCCCAGCCUGUCCACCGCCGCGGCGCCUAGCGCGCAUGGCUACCCCGACGAGCUGGAGAGCGACGAAGAGUCGGACAUUGUCAUCGAGAGCAGCCUCAAGCGGCCGUCGCGGCGCUCCAACGCGUCGGUGGCGUCCGUGGCGUCGAACGCGUCCCGCUCCCACGCCCAAGCCCCUCCCCCGGCCCCAGUAGACUCCCCCGGCCCCCCUCCCCGACCACCGUCCGUGGUGUCCACUGUGUCGUUCCACUCUCAGCCCAGCCUUAACAGCCUGUCCAAUCAUGGCAGCCUCAGCUACAAGCUGCACAGGGACCUGAAUCUCCAGCACUCCCAGUACCAGGUCCAGCCCCUUCAGCACCACCAACCCCAGCACCACAGCAGCCACCCUGCCCUGCGGGAGAGCAACGGCAGCCUGCACAAAAUCCUCAGCACCAUGAGGACGGACCCUCGACACAGCCUGGCCCUUCCACGGGGAGGGGUGGAGGAAGACGGCACAGUCAUCACUCUAUAGUACACGGCCAACACGCACGCACUCAAACACUGGACGUGAGCUGGAGCGUCGCCAGUCCGGUAUAUCCACCACGAGAGUGAACCAUGUUCCUCGAACCUACUCAUUUUGUAAUUCUUUUUUUUUUAAGACAAAUAAUCCAGGAAACGAGGCAAAUUGAUUCUGUUCCGUGUUUUUAAUGUUUUCUAUAUUGUGAAUGAGCAUUGUGGGGCAUGUGAUUAUUUCAGGCGAGUCCACUGUAUUUUAUAGUCCUGAUGUAAUUUACAUGAGAUCCUUUUGUGACCACUUUUAACCUGAACCUUUGUAUCCUUCUUGGGACCAACUUUUGUUUAUUAAGGGUUUUUAUGAACAAUUCUGUUUCAGUGCAACGCCUGCCUGUGUUCACGGAGUCUUAUUAACUGUGGAUUUUCAUCAAUGAUCUGUAACUACUACAAUAAAUUAUUCUAAGCUUUAACCUUGAUAAGUGUUGGAUUACCACAUAGUACCAAAACCAUGACUUACCUUACCAACAGUCAUUUAUACCUAGUAUGCUUUGAACUGCAAUCAAGGAAUAUUUUCUAAACUGAACACUGUCUUUAAAUCCUCUUCCCUGACGGUCGUCUGUUUGUGGACCCCGUAUAAUGGACUCUGGGAAUUCAACAUGGUGUCUGGAAAAAGCCAAUAGCCGACGAUCCCCCAUCUCACUUCACUGCUAAUGAACUCUUUUCUCUAGUGUUUACUCUAGAUGCCUAAGCUUAGAACCAUGUUAAUUACAGAAGGCAGGGGAUGUGAUACCUGCUGCUUUUAGUUGGCCGGACUGCCGUGAGAUGAUUACACCUGAGUCGGCUUGACUUCACUCGUUCACUUUCCUACACUGUAUUGGGCACAGAAAUCCAUGAAUGGAUCCAAGUGGUACUUUGGUUUACAAGCACAAUCUAUCCAUCCAUCUACGUUAUGGUUAACAUUCAUAGAGUAAAUGGAUGUGGGACACCACACUUAUUCAAAUUGUAGUUCCAGGGUUUCAAACUGUCAAAGUUUGCAAAGUUAGUGUUUUGUCUGAAGACCAGAUUUUCUUUAACCUCUGUGUUGAGAGGUCUUGUUGUUGUUUCAACUCUUUACGGUGUUCACAUUAGGCCUCCCAGGUUUAACAUGGGAUUAUCACCCUAUUUUGGUUCACAUAUGUUGUUUUUGUUGGUCUUUCCUUUUCCUCUCCCAAUUGCUGCUCUGGUUACUGUUCUUCUGACCAUAGUGAGGUGAUUUCCCCUGUCAGUUCAACCCUGUUAAUAAGUAGUGCUAUAACGUGUUGGUCACUGCCCCCUCCUGGAAGUACUAUUUACGGUAGACUAAGAAAGAAUGCAAUAUAACAAGAUUUAUUUCUGGAUUGUUUUACUCUCUCUUUUUUAUGUACAUAAGGUUUUCAUAAUAGAUUAUGAUAAGGUUGAACAAAAUGCCAUAUGAACCAGCAAUUCCACAAGUUGACCCUUUCAGAGUCUUGAAAUGACAAUCCAUGGAGUAACCAUGGUAAAUAGUCUGAUAUUUAGGCAGUUCCAUGAGGUAUUAUGUUAUGAGGAUGAGUUAUCGGGAAUAUUUCUGCAUAUGUAAACUAGACAGUUUUUAUUUGGGGAAUAUUAUGUACAUUCUCUUUAAAUUCUCCUGACACAUUGGAGAAAAGGUUUGUCAAAUACUUAGUGCCUUUUUAAUUCAUUUUAGUCCAGAUAUCUACUGAGCACUCAAAUGUAAAUGAUAAUUGACUGGAUAAGGGUGUAAUCAUAAAUUGCUUAAUCAUUAGUUACUAGUUCUGCUCCUUCUACAUACUAGCCUUAAACUGUAUCACUUCAAUUAAUUUCCACACUUGAAAUUCAAAACCUUGAUGCCAUUCAUUUAAAUUUUUUGGUGAAUAUUGUGUCCUUAUAUUGUUUUCUUACUGUUUAGUAAUUUUUGGAAGAUACAUAUUGAAAUAAAAGUUUUA